CCGGUUUCCCAACACCAAGAUGACGGACGGAACUUCCCAGAACUGUUGUCUAUGUUUGAGGAAGUUUUAUGUUUUUAGAACUCGGAGUUGUUGACGAGUCGUUGUUUUUGUUUUAUUUGAUUUAAUCAUGGACCUACGUAUUGUUUUCCUCUCCGGACUGUUCCUGUGUCACGCUGCUUCAUCCCCAGCUCCGUCUGCAGAGAUGCUGCCUGAGCCGUCCAACGUCUUCAUAGAUCAGUGGAACCUGACGUGGGCCCCGGCCCCGGGGCUCGAGGACAAGACCAUCACUCAUGUGGUGGAGUACCGGAGCUUCAACAGUCACACAUGGAGGGUUCUACCAGAGUGUGCCAACGUCUCUAGAAACUUCUGCGACUUCUCCCCCACGUCCAGGAAGAGUGAUGAUCGUUGCAUCAUGCUGCGGGUCCGAGCAGAGCAGCAGGGACGCAGAUCUGUGCCGGUCCAGGCCUGCAGCACACGUGGGGGCUUGUGCAGCCCAGAGUUCAGCAUGACUGCAGCGCCGGGAUCAAUCACCGUUCACCUGAACAGAAACAGCUGUUUAUUCAUGGACUACGCAGAUCACUCCCAGCAUCGCAUCUACUUUGGGAAGGAAGGAGAGAAACUGCAGCUGUUCAGAGAGGCUGCUUCCUCCCAGUUCAUCAGGGAUCUGGAGGUGGGACAGAAGUACUGCGCCAAGGUGGAGUUCCUGCUCUACGACAAGCCGUACGGAGCAGCCAGCUGCCUCCAGUGUGAGGUGGUUCCAGCACCAGAUGAUUCCAAGCGGACGGUAACCAUAGUAACCGUGGUGAUUGUGCUCGUCAUCCUGGUCCUGGUCCCCAUCAUUUCCUACGUGCUCAUCUGGAGACCCAAGGCCAUCAAGAAGAUCCUGAAACCCCAGUACCACAUCCCAGCUUCUUUGCAGCCUUCAGACAUUAAGAAUGUCUACGUACUCAGCAGUUCCAACCAGGAGGACUAUGAUCUAAUCUCCGGCAUGACGCCACGGUAACCCAGAGGAGACAGAAACAAUCCCCCCCCCCCGACCUUAAUGUGCUGAAACUGGAGGUGUGAACUACUGAGAACUCUCAAUCCCAGCUGGGCUGAGAGGAAUGCUGGAAAAUGAUUCCCUGUGAAUGUUUGUGAGCCCUGUGGAUGUCCAGGUCCGGAGGGGGUCGGCCGUCCCUUCCUGUAGCAGUCCCAGCCCGGACCACUGGGGGGAGCUGCAUGUGUGAAAUGAAGGGGGAACUCAUUUUGGUCUCUAAUGAUGAUUUGAGGCAGCUUCCAUCAUCACUCCCACCAUCCUUUUAAACAAAGUAGCCCGGCCUCCCUGACGCGAGCGCCGCCUGCAGAACCGGUUCCAGUUCCAGCUCCUGAGACGCCUCAGUCAGACUCCCCGCCCUGAGCUUGAUUGACAGGCAGCUCAGCCAACGGCAGCACAGAACAUUUCCACAUCAGUCAUCGUCCUGCCAGGGAGCUCAGCCGAGCAAACAGCAGCCACACCAACCCAGCGCUGAAGAAAACACAGACACCGUCUUCAGCUUUCCCACCAAAACAACAUUCAAAAGCAGGAUAUUCUGCUGGAACAUCGACCUGGCUGUUCUGCACCUCCUCCCCCGGGGAUCAGUGUCAGGAUCCUGAGCACACUGCAAAAACUCCAAAUCUUACCAGGAAUAUUUGUCUUAUUUCUAGUUAAAAUGUCUCAUUUUUAGUCAAAAAAUCUCAUUACACUUAAAACAAGAGUCAUUACCAGAAAAAUAACUUAUUUGACAAUU